AGAAUAAUUAAAAUGUAAUAAUCUGAUCCGAAUCAAUCUUAAAAUUGGGGUAAUACUACCCAAACAUUCGAGGUUUAAGCACCUUAAUAAUAAUAACCUUAGUAGUAAUAUAUUCCUACUUAACAAAAUAAUCCAUACACUUAGCAAUAUUAACAAUAUGGAUAAUAAUAGCCAUAAUAAUUUACAUAUGGAUAGGUAUUUCAAUUACUAAAUAUAUAAGCCAAUAAUUGCUAAUACUUAGCCUAUUUAAGUUGGGACUCCAUAUAUAUAGAAUGUAAUUGGAAAGUAUUAUUAUUUAUAUUUAGUCAUUUCAAUUAACCUCCAUCUUUUAAUGCUAAUGGUGCACCAUACCCUACUUAAAUUAUAUGUCCUGUCUGUAAAACUUAAGGUAUAACUAAAGUUAAUACUGAAAUUGGAGCAGGAACAUAUCUGGUAUCAUGUCUUCUAUUUCUUUGUACAGGGUAUCCAAUUUUAUUAUCAUUAGAAUUUUAUGUUGCUGGGUUCCAUGUAUUAUGCCAGAUUGUUAAGACAAAAUUCAUACUUGUUCAUCAUGCAAAGCAGAAGUUGGAAUUAGAUAGUAUGACAUAUGUUGA